AUGGAAGAUUACAACGAAACUCUAGAAUUAAACCAUUCCGAGCCCUAUCAGCCAUAUUAUGAAAGGCCAGAAACAUACAUAGUCCCACUCUUAUUUGCGCUAAUUUUUGUCAUCGGUGUAGUCGGCAAUGGAACCCUCGUAGCUGUUUUUAUAAGGCACAAGGCCAUGAGAAAUGUACCUAACACGUACAUUUUAUCUUUAGCGUUGGCAGAUCUUCUAGUCAUCAUUACAUGCGUUCCAUUCACUUCAAUUGUUUACACGCUGGAGUCCUGGCCCUGGGGUUCUACAGUUUGUCGGGUGUCGGAAGCUGCAAAGGAUGUUAGCAUUGGGGUAUCCGUGUUUACCUUAACUGCUCUGUCAGCCGACCGUUACUUUGCAAUCGUAGAUCCUCUUAGGAAGCUUCAUGCUACAGGAGGAAGCAGGCGUGCUACACGAAUAACGGUGGCUACAGCGAUUGGUAUUUGGAUACUAGCAGCGCUUCUUGCUACGCCUGCUUACAUCGGAUCUUAUGUGCGUGCUUUCGUCGUCAAUCCUACAACACAGUUCCUAGUAUGUUAUCCAUAUCCACCAGAAUGGGGGGAGAAUUACCCAAGAACAAUGGUUUUGGUGCGAUUUCUCGUUUACUACUCAUUGCCGUUGGCUGUCAUUGCACUUUUCUACAUCUUGAUGGCACGACAUUUGGUGCUGAGUACCCAAAACAUGCCCGGUGAGCUGCAAGGGACACAACGACAGAUGCGAGCAAGAAGAAAGGUUGCCCUAACUGUUCUAGCCUUUGUAUUGGUCUUCGCGGCAUGUUUUCUACCUUCGCAUGUAUUUAUGAUGUGGUUCUAUUAUUGUCCUACAGCUCAAGAUGAUUACAACGGGUGGUGGCACGCUCUGCGCAUUAUGGGAUUCUGUCUGUCCUUCCUAAACAGCUGUGUGAACCCCAUCGCGUUAUACUGUACGAGUGGUAUCUUUCGAAAACAUUUCAAUCGGUAUCUCUUAUGUCGGUCUCCAUCAACACAUGGGCCGAGAGGAUCCUUAUCCAUUUCAACUUCAAGAAGGCUACACUCUAGUCGAAAAACUAAUAUCAGCAUGGUACCAAGAACGACCAGUGUAGGAAGGGACAACAGCAUUCGGCUUUUAAAUAACGGCUCUUCGAAACUCUGA